GCCAAGAAAGAUAGAAAUAUGCGUUGAAAAAUCGUGUUUUAUCAUCUAAUUUAACGAAGAAAAGGCUGAAAAUUGACAAAAAAAGUGACCGUGUUGGAAGUUUCUUUUCACAUUUUAUGACAAGCCUACAGUUCUAUUGUUGAUAUAGAAGACUAUGUUUAUAUAUUUUGUAUUGCGCUCUUUCAGUUCUAGAUGUUAAAAAAAAUUUAACUAAAUCCUCAAUGUGUUUCCUGAGCAGCAACGAGCUUUCAGAAAGGAACGUCGACUACAGCUAAUUUUAAACCUUUUUUACCGCCGUACAAUUAACGCUUAAUUAGCUUGCUUUCCGGGACAAAGGCGACAGAAGAUUACAUUUGCAUAACGAGCACAAUCGGUUUUGUAAGUUCCUUAUUACGACGCUUUCUUGUUUGGACGUAAGAAAUUACGCUACGGUUGUAAGGAGCUCCAGCGGUGGAUACGCAGCAAAUGGCAGACGGAGACAUGGUAACCACCAAAGUUGCUCUCUGUGACUGGUUUUUAUUCAUGGUGUCCUACCCAAGAACACAACCGCUGACCAACACACAAAAAUUCACCCAGUGGUCGGCCCUGAUCGCCUAUUGCCUGGGAGGAGCCAGUUUGCUUCUUUGCCCUCAGCUGUGGAAGUUUUUGUUACAGUUAAGCUUCGAGGGUCGUACUGAGGGGUACCUUCGUCUUGUUGGAUUGGGUGUAUUUAUAAUUGGAUUUAUACUCGUCAUCUCCGCGCGCUCCAAUAACCAAGUACCCAGGCACGGGGUCAUUUUAGGGUCCAUUCCAUCGCGUCUCAUCGGCGUAAAUGGGAUCAUACUCAUGAUGGUCCUCAGAGGCUAUAUCCCGUUAUCUUUUGCGCUGGUGUUCAUGGUGAUCGAUACAUCACUUCCCCUGACCACCCUGGUGUUAUUGCGCCGUGAAACAGAAGAAUCCUCUUCGGGAAUUUCUUGCCGAAACAUCUGCGCAGAAAUGGUAGUCAUCUUUUUCGUUGGCGUGUUCCAGUUGUUCUUCUGGCUCGUGUUUCUUAUAAGGCCUGACAUCGCUUAUGACAUCCUACAGCUUGAUGAGUUCAAUGGUCACUCCGCUGGCUUCUUGGCAAGUGCGUUUUUCACCCUAUCCAUUCAUGGUUGGUAUCACAUAGCGAACGCAUGCACUGUUAAUCGACCGGCUGUCCCAGCGGCCUUUUUUUACCGAGUAUUCAUCAGUGUACCGGUGCUAGUCAUUUUGGUUUUGGUGGAUCAGAUUGAGCGCAAUCUUUUCCUUGCUUUGAUGAGUCUCGACAUAUGUUUUUCGAUUAUGAUUUUACUAUUUCUGGCUUUUGGCCAAAGUCCUACCACAUCGUCAACUGAGAUUUCUGAAGAAACACUGCUAAAACAUGAAGAUAGAGACUAAAUUGUAUUGUUAGGAGUAAGAUUAAGAACUACGAAAGAGCCUAAAAUUGCUGAUAAAAGCUUGCUGAACGGGCGUAAUUUAUUUUGCGUUUUUCAGUGGCGCGGAAACACGGACGAGCGUGAGGCAGGCGCGAGGUAGGCGCGAGGUGAGAGCGAAGUACGAAUCACGCGCGAGGGAAAUAGCGCGUUUGCCUCUGUUCGCCCGGAAAACGCAAAAAAGCACGCUUGGUAAGCCAGCUAGAACUGGUAUUAUAUUUGUUAUGUUGGGGAGGGUUUCGAAGAUAAUUAAAAUUAAUCGUAGCCUUGGUUGCAGGCGAUGAAAAUGAAAGGGAAGGAAAAUGUAAGGUUUAUUAUUUCGCCACUUCGCCUCGAUUCUAGGGUAGAACUACAUGUAAGACUUAAUAUAGUGUCAAGAGAAGUAACCACUACAGUGAUCAAAUGCACAGUCGCACUCUUUAUAUGAGCAGAGUACUGUUUAAUUCUCUGGACAUUGCACUCCGUCUUAAAUGAAAGAUUAUUUUAAG